CCAAAACCCCGAUUGCGGGGUAAAAAUACAAGGGUCCUUCUUAACCCGAGCGAGAGCUCCACUUGACCAACACUCCCCCACCACGACUCUCUCUCUCAAGCUCGAAAACUUUAUGGCUGGAUAGGUCUCCUGGCACAAUGCCCGAAUACCCGCCUUGAAGACAGACAAACCAACCAACCAACCAACCAACCAACCAACAAACAAGACCUUCUCUCCUCAUCUCAAACCUUCAAAAGGAGAACAAACUAAUACCCUACCAUGCCCCACUACCUCCUCCUCUCCAAAAGCGCCGCCAUCACCGGCGGCACCACAGGAAUCGGACGAGCCAUCGCCCUCGAAUACGUGCGACAAGGCUGCAACGUCGCCAUCAACCAUCUCAACCUGCCGCGAGACGAGCACCACAAGGCGUCGCUGAUCGAAGAAGCCGCGGGCAUAAGAGCGAAAGAUGAGAAGGCGGGACGAUUGAUCGAGGUCGAGGGCGAUGUGACGGUACCGGAGACGGGGAAGAGGUUGGUGGAGGUUGCUGUGAGGGAGUUUGGAAGGCUGGAUGUUUUUGUUAGUAAUGCGGGGGUUUGUCAGUUUGCGGAGUUUUUGGACCUCGACCACGACCUCUUCGCCUCAACCGUCCGAAUCAACCUCGACGGCGCCUUCUACUCCUGCCAAGCCGCCGCCCGCCAAAUGGCCACGCAAGGCAACGGCGGCAGCAUAAUCGCCAUCUCCUCCAUUUCGGCGCUCGUCGGCGGCGGUCUACAAACACACUACACGCCCACCAAAGCCGGGGUCCUGUCCCUGAUGCAAAGCAUGGCCGUGGCACUCGGAAAGCACAAAAUUAGGUGCAAUGCUUUGUUGCCGGGGACGAUUAAGACGCAGUUGAAUGAGGAGGAUUUGAAUGAUGAGAAGAAGAGGGAGUAUAUGGAGACGAGGAUACCGUUGGGGAGGACGGGGGAGCCGCGGGAUAUGGCGGGGCCGGCGGUGUUUUUGGCGUGUGAGGAGUUGAGUGGGUAUGUUAAUGGGGCGCAGUUGUUGGUUGAUGGGGGGUUGUUUGUUAAUUUGCAGUAAUUGGUAAUAUAAAUUCAUUGCGAAAUGCAGAGGUUGCUAGUGUAGGGUUGUGAAGUCUUGCAAGAAAAGGUGCCUUGUACGAUGUAGGACGAACAUAGCUUUCUGUUAACAACCUCAGUUACACAACAGGAGAAUCAAGACCUCAUAUAGCUGGAAAGAUCAAGUGGCAUAUCAAAAUCGUCACUAAAUAGCAUGCACUUAGGUCCAG